UGUCGUUUGUGGCAUAGGAGCCGCUUUCAUUUGCGUCUUUUGAUUGGAUUUUAGUAUUACAAGUUACGUUCUAACUCGCGGUUUUUUUUGUGUUCAAGUAAUUAUUAUUAGUAGUAAAGUUCGUAGUAAAAGAAGAGUGAAACUGAAGAGAAAUUGAAUAUGGGUCGCUAUAGGAGUCGUAGUCGUGAUAGAGAUAGGAGACGUAGAUCUCGCACACGAUCUCGUAGCAGAUCACCACGAGAUAGAAGAAGUUGGGGUGGUAGUGGGGGUCGGGAUCGAGGAGGUGGCAGGAAUAGUCGUGGGCAACCUGGAGCAAAUUUGAGAAAACCUCGAUGGGAUCUCAGUCGAUUAGAGCCUUUUAAAAAAGAUUUUUAUAUUCCACAUGAAACAGUUCAAAAUCGUGAUCCACGUAUAGUGGAACAAUAUAGAAGUGAGAAAGAAAUUACUCUCAAAGGAAAAAAUAUACCUAAUCCUGUAUUUACAUUUGAAGAAACAGGAUUUCCUGACUAUGUUCUUAAGGAAAUUAAACGACAAGGUUUUACAGAACCUACAUCAAUACAGGCACAAGGUUGGCCAAUUGCAUUAAGUGGAAGAGACAUGGUUGGAAUUGCAUCAACUGGUUCUGGAAAAACACUAUCUUAUAUAUUACCUGCAAUUGUUCAUAUUAACAGUCAACCCAAAUUGGGUCGUAAAGAUGGUCCUAUUGCAUUAGUAUUAGCUCCUACUCGAGAGCUCGCACAACAAAUUCAGCAAGUUGCUGAUGAUUUUGGUCAUUCUUCAGGCAUUAGGAAUACUUGUCUGUAUGGUGGAGCACCAAAAGGUGCACAAGCCAGAGAUUUAGAUGGAGGUGUAGAGAUAGUUAUAGCUACACCUGGUAGAUUAUUAGAUUUCCUUGAAUCAGGUCGUACAAAUUUGAAAAGGUGUACCUAUUUAGUACUAGAUGAAGCAGACAGAAUGUUAGAUAUGGGAUUUGAACCUCAAAUUAGGAAAAUUAUUGAGCAAAUUAGGCCUGACAGACAGACAUUAAUGUGGUCUGCCACAUGGCCUAAAGAAGUAAAAAAUUUAGCUGAAGAUUUUUUAAAGGAUUAUGCUCAAAUUAAUGUUGGAUCUCUACAAUUAGCUGCAAAUCAUAAUAUAUUACAAAUCAUCGACGUGUGUCAGGAUUAUGAAAAAGAAAAUAAAUUAAGUACACUUUUAAAAGAAAUAAUGGCAGAAAGCGAAAACAAAACAAUAGUAUUUAUUGAAACAAAACGCAGAGUAGAUGAAAUAACUAGAAAAAUGAAGAGAGAUGGUUGGCCAGCUGUUUGUAUACAUGGUGACAAGACACAGCAAGAAAGGGAUUGGGUUUUACAAGAUUUUAGAUCAGGAAAAGCGCCAAUUCUUGUUGCAACAGAUGUUGCUGCCCGUGGCCUUGACGUUGAAGACGUCAAGUUUGUCAUCAAUUUUGACUAUCCUUCCUGUUCGGAAGAUUACGUUCAUCGAAUUGGUCGAACAGGUCGUCGGCAAAAAACUGGUACAGCAUACACCUUUUUUACACCGAAUAAUUCUAAUAAGGCUAAUGACCUAAUCCAGGUAUUAAAAGAAGCGAAUCAAGUUAUAAACCCAAAAUUACUGGAGCUUGCUGACAGUAAAAGUGGUGGAUAUGGGAGGCACAGAGGUGGAAGAAAUCGAUGGCGGUCUCGCGGUGGCCGUAACGGAAAGGAUCGUAGUUACUCAAGAAGCAGAAGUCGAAGUCAUAGUAGGGAACACAAUGGUCGCGGAAAUCGCAGAAGCUACAGUCGGAGUUAUUCUCGAAGUCGUAGCCCUGUUAGCAAUCGUACAGAGGUUAUCGGUAAAAGUUACUGGAGCAGUGAAAGAUGAUCUUCUACCAGUGGUUAAGGACCAAGCUAUUAUACAAAUCAUCUUUUUUAUGUCUCUUUUAAAGUACACUCGAUACACGUCAUACAAAUUGUAAUAUUGGUGUUCCACUAACGUGAACGUUAAAUACGACGUACUACGUACAAUUCUCGUGCAUUAUAGUUAAUUAUUUUAACAUCAUAAGAUAAAAGUUCCAGCGUGAACAUAGAUUUCUUAAAUGUUAUCGAAUAACGAGUUUAAUUGAACGCGACAUUGCAUAUCGUAGCAUAUUGAGUUCAGUAUAGUUCACGAUUAAUUAAUUGAUAUAUUAAAAUCAAAAGUGUAAUUUUUAAACAAAAAGUCCCCGAUUUAAAUGCGAGGUAUGCAGUGUUCCGUAUCAAUGUUCUACGAUAUUUCUACAUUCAUAGAAUUUUGCUUUAGUUAUACUAAGCUUCAGUAUCAUAAAUAAAUAUAGCGUAAGCGUGCCGGAUGUUAUAUUUACUUACAGUAUCACGUACAUACAUAUUUUAUAAUGACAUUACAAUGUUCGAUAACACAUGAAUUAAGUUCUUAUAAGUGACCGUGUGAACGUAGUUAGGAGAUGAAUAAUCUAAAAUCUACACGAAGUUUAAAACAUGUCUCGCUAUUUGUAGCUAACAGUAACUUGUAGACGUCUAGUGUUUACUAGAUAUUAAUUCGUACACGUAUUCAAGCAUUUAAAACUAACGGAAUAUUGUACAGUAUUUAACAGAAAUGUAAUAAAUAAAUUUAUUAACUAUU